AAAUCAGUGGCGCUGAUCAGAGCGCUGCUCAUUACUGCUGCUCAUUACUGCUGCUCAUUACCGCCGCUCAGUACCGCCGCUCCCUGCGCCUCUCAGCAUGGCUGCGCACUUCUUUAUUCUCUAAACACAGGGUUAGUGAUCAGCAGCAAGCAAGAUGAGUUGGGCAGCACUAUAUAGCCAGCUAGGAGGAGUGAACAAACACUCCACUAGUCUGGGAAAGAUCUGGCUCUCCGUUCUUUUCAUUUUCCGCAUCACUAUCCUGGUGCUGGCCGCUGAGAGCGUCUGGGGAGAUGAGCAAUCAGACUUUACUUGUAACACACAGCAGCCAGGUUGCAAAAAUGUCUGCUACGAUCACUUCUUCCCAGUCUCUCACAUCCGUCUCUGGUGCCUACAGCUGAUCUUCGUUUCCACCCCGGCUCUAAUGGUGGCCAUGCAUGUGGCAUAUCGCAAGCGUGGCGUCAAGAAAGAACUCAUUGCAUGCAAGGGUGACAAAGCAAAGGAGGAAGACCUGGAGGGUCUGAAGAAGAGACGCUUGCCCAUUACAGGCCCACUGUGGUGGACCUACACUUGUAGCCUGUUCUUCAGGCUCCUUUUCGAAGCUGGCUUCAUGUACGCCCUCUACAUGGUCUAUGAUGGCUUCCAGAUGCCACGUCUUGUCAAGUGUGAACAGUGGCCUUGUCCAAAUAAAGUUGACUGCUUCAUCUCACGACCAACAGAGAAGACAGUUUUCACCAUUUUCAUGGUGGGAUCUUCAGCUUUGUGCAUUGUGCUCAAUGUCGCAGAGCUGGUCUAUUUGAUCAUUAAGGCAUUGAUGAGAUGCUUAUCUAGAGCCAAGAGGAGGCAUACGUAUAGCCACUCAUCAGACAUGUCUAAAGAUGGGGCUCUGUUAGAGAACAAAAAGAACGAGAUGUUGCUUUCAUCAGUCUCUGAGUCCAGUAAUAGCAAGUCUAUGUAAGAGGUCCAGUGUUUUAUCGAGCUGAACGUGAUUUAUUUUUUCUCUUGAAUGAACAUUACAAACAUGAAAAAAAAGGUUAUUGCAAUUUUACUACUUCAGUAGUACUCCGUUCCCUUCUGCUGAAAUAAAAGCACAAGGCACUUGAUCAUGAAUGUUUAAACACAUUUAGUACUGGUUAAAGUGUGGCCUUGUUUUUCACAUUCCACACUUGUGUUCUCAUUUAGGGAGAAAUCAAUGACAUCUAGUGGUUACCAAAUACAAAUAAAGUUAACCUGCUGCCUUUGUUCUUGAAUGUAUAGCUUCCUUUUAUAUUGUUUCAUGAGACAGACACAUGUCUAUACUUUAAGAUGUUCUUACCAGUUCAGUCUUUUUGGCAGACAGCAUAGCCUUUGUAGACUGUUAGGCAGUGAUUUGAUGCCUUAUUUACAAAGGGUCCGUUAUGAGAGCUUUGUCUCUUUUUGCUUGCAUUUUAACUUUGAAUACAGUGUUUGUUUGUUUUUUAUUAAUUGUCAUGCUUUUUUGAUAAACAUGAACAUGAUUAGACAUCUAAUAUUGGCACCCAAUUAUAGCCUACAUGACUUCAUGUGCUUUAAUCUGGAAUGGUGCAUUUAAUGAUUGUGGGUUUUAAGUCUGUAUACACAUUUAUAUAAAAAUGUCAUGAUUGUGUGUAAUGAUUGUGUGUAAAUGAUUUGGCAAUUGUGUACUCUUCGGUAAUAUGAGAAAUUGCAUUUCUUUAUUGACUUACAAGAGCAAACUUGGCAAUAGUUGUAUGUUUUGCUGGCCUGUUUACAACUUACCUUAAUUAAUGAAUGUGACUACAUAUGUUGUAAAAUGUCUUUCAAGCUUUUGUGCUCCAGUUCUAACCAGAAUCAGAUAACAGUGGCUCCCAGUGGACAAGAGGUUCCAAUAUGGUAAGGUAACUCAACCUUGGUCCUGGAGGAUCAUUGGUCUGUGGUGUUUUCCCUCCUUUCAAAACACCUGAACUAGCUCAUGAGCUACUUAUUAAGUCCUUCAUUAUUUGGAUCCAGUGUGUUUGGAUUGAGGGACAACCCAAAACUUUAGGGCAGUAGGUCUUUAUGACUGUAGAAGAGAGACUGAACAAUAUGGAAUCUUAUUCAGAACCUGUACCUCAUCCUGUAGUGUCUUGUUGGAGAGUUUUUUUCUACAUGCAAGGCAUUUGAACAUUUUUGCCUACUUUUUGUACACUUAUGUAAACACAUUUAUUACGUUUUAUAUAAAAACGUUCCGUGUAGUCUAAAAUGAAUGCAAAAAUAAAUACUUACAUGCUGGA